AUGGCUCCUUAUAAUUUAAAACUGCUGAUCUCUUUAAUGCUGCUUUGGACUAGAACCUACAGGGCUGAAUUCCAGCACAAGAAUUUGGCUUGUCAGCUGGUGAUCAUGAAAUUAUAUGAGGAAUAUGAAUAUAUUCAGGAAGGAGACAUCAUGAUCGGAGGGGUAUUAACUGUGAACUCCUAUGUGAGACUUCUAGAACACCCAGAAGAUAAUUCUAUCAGGAUGCUGUGUAUGGAAAUUGUGCCUGAGCAUUACCGACAGUUCAUAGAUUUUCAUUAUUUUAUUGAACAAACAAACAAUAACAGAGCCUUUUUCCCAAACCUGACCCUGGGGUACCAUAUAUAUGAUUCCUGUGGGGACCCCCGGAAGGCAGUGAGGAGCGUAUUACAGAUAUUAUCUGGUACCAGGGAGCCAGUUCCCAAUUACUCCUGUGUGGGAAAGAGAAACAUUGCUGGGUUUAUUGGGGAUCUCACCUCAGAGACAACUGUACCCAUAGCCCAGAUACUGACUCUGUAUGGGUAUUCCCAGAUCAGUUACGGAGCCACAGACCCAUUACUGAGGGACAGAGCCGCCUUCCCGUACUUCUUUAGGACAGUACAGAGUGAUCACCAUCAUUGUUACCUCCUUACGGAGCUACUGAAGCAUUUCGGUUGGACCUGGGUUGGGGUUAUUAGAUUCGACGAUGAUGCCGGAGACAGAGAAUUCCAGCUUCUAACCAAAUAUUUCUCUAACUAUGGAAUAUGUAUCGAGUUCUCAAUAAAGAUAAAUAUCUACAAUAUUCAAUCACGUGAGCACAUUAUUAAUAAACAUAAGGAGCAGUUUCAGAAAUCCACCACCAGUGUAAUUGUACUUUGUGGAACGGUGUCUGCAGCAGUAAUAGUAGAGUUCAGCCUAUUGAAAGAUGUUCUCAAAGAGAAGACAUUAGUCCUCGCUACUAGCUGGGCAGCCAAACACAUAAUGAAUUUUGCCACAGAUUUGGUUAAUGGGAGUUUGGGGUUUAUGCAGCGUUCACUGUAUGAACUAAAUAGCCCCGAACUAAAGGCUUUCCUAGCGAGCAUCCAUCCUUCCAAAUACCCCAAAGACAAAUUGCUUGAAGACCUUUGGAUGCAGUAUCACUUAUGUUCCUCAUCUAAUGAAUAUAAGAACAAGCUUUUUAAAUAUUUGUACCCUCAGAGUAGCCUCUAUAACUGCACUGGAGAGGAACGUAUUCAGGAUAUCUGGAAUAUUGCCAAUGCUUUACACUCCCCCCGGGUGCACCUUGCAGUCACUCUCCUCUCUCAAGCAAUGUAUAAGAUGCACAUGUCCCUCAGUAAGCUCAGCCCCAAACUGGACAACAUUAUUUAUGAUUACAGGUACCAGAAGCCAAGAGCUCAGUGCUCAGCCAACUGCCCAACUGGUUUCAGGAAGGCAUCCAAGCCCGGGACCCAUUCCUGCUGUUAUGGUUGUGCCCAGUGUUCCGAGGGAGAGAUCUCCAAUGUAACAGACAGUGAAAGCUGUAUCCGAUGCCCAGACAUGGAAUGGCCCAAUGAGCAAAGGAAUCAGUGUAUUGCUAGAACAGAGGAGUUUCUAUCCUACACGAAUGAUGUGAUUUCUAUAUUUUUACCAUCUUUGUCUGUUGUUCUGUACCUUUGUACUGUGCUCAUACUGGCAAUUUUCAUCAAAUACCGGGACUCCCCCAUAGUGAGAGCCAACAACCGGAGCCUGAGCUUCCUCCUCCUUGUCUCCAUCAAGCUGAGCUUCCUCAGUGUGUUUCUGUUCCUCGGUCGCCCUGUGGAUAUAACCUGCAUGCUGCGCAUCAUCACUUUUGGAAUCACCUUCUCCAUAGCUGUCUCUUCUCUCCUGGCCAAGACUAUCAUGGUUUGUGUUGCUUUCAAAGCCACCAAGCCAGGGAGCUCAUGGAGAAAAUGGCUGGGAGUCAAACUGUCCAAUUCUGUAGUCUUGUUCUGCUCAUCCAUUCAAAUAAUCAUCUGCAUGACUUGGUUGGCCAUUUCUCCUCCCUUUCAGGAACUGGACAUUCACACUUCCCCUGGAACCAUCAUCAUUCAGUGCAAUGAGGGCUCAGCUAUUGGCUUUUACUCAGUUAUUGGGUAUAUGGGGCUUCUGGCAGCUGUUAGUUUUGUUUUAGCAUUUUUAGCUCGGAGCUUACCGGACAGUUUUAAUGAGGCCAAGUACAUCACUUUCAGCAUGCUGCUCUUCUGCAGUGUUUGGAUCACAAUGAUCCCGGCCUAUCUGAGCACCAAAGGCAAAAACACUGUGUGUGUGGAGAUAUUUGCCAUACUCACCUCAAGCGCCGGCCUUUUAGCCUCUAUAUUUCUGCCCAAAUGUUAUAUUAUUUUAUAUAGACCUGAAAUGAACACAAGAACUUUUGUUUUUGCCAACAAAAUCUAA